GUGGCAGCUCUCCCUAGCGGUUAGCAAACGGUAAGCAUCGAAGGAAGUGGAGAGAUUGAGAAGUGAAAAGGCAGGGAGGCCGUGAUACAUCGGCGUCUCCUAUACCAGAUCUGCAGUGGCUACGGCUGGGGUAUGACAGCUUCUAGCUAUUGUCUUUGUAUGGACAUGUAAAUUACUGUUUUUGAAAGGUUUUCACAGUCAACAGCUGCGCCGAUUUACCAAUAAUGACAGCCUGAGUCAUUGCUAAGUAGCUAGUUACCUACAUACAGCCAGUCAGCUAGCUAGCUGCUAAAACUGGUUAACAUUAGCUGGAAAGCUAACUUUACUUCAGUCAUUGCUCUACUUCCACAACAGAUAGUCAAUGUACAACAGAUUUGCAUGAUGUUGCUAGGUAAUUAGCUGCCCCAUAUUUAGCUCUGGGUUUGAGAAUCAAAGUGUCCCAGAAUUUCGCUAGAAAUUAUCGUAUAGAGAAGGUUUGUUGCCAGCUAGGCUAGCUAGCAUGAUGGCUAACUGUCAAGUGAUCAUUGCUAGUAGUCGCUAGUUGUAUCAUUAUUGCGGUAUCCUCCUAGCUAACUAGUUAGGGCCUAUAGUUUUUCCAGGUCCGUUCACGUGAUCAGGAAAAGCUCCUGGUCCUACUGAUCCCACACUAGCCUUGGAGUUGGGACUGUCAGUGAGAGCUUGUACAAUAGUAUUGAAAAGGCUGUUGCUUUGCACUUACAGGACGCAUCGCAGUUAUCCACCCAUCUCCCACAGUGUGCAUGGAUUUAAAAGCAUUGGAUUUAUGUAAUAAUUGGCUGUAGAAAUGCCUGUAAGUGUGCAAGUGUACACUUUGGUAAAAGGGUGAAGAAUCGGGACGCAGCCAAGGUGUGUUGACCUGAUCUCACCCUCCUGACUCCUGCAGUAGAUGUCUGUGUUGAUCUGAUCUCACCCUCCUGACUCUUGCAGUAUAUGUCUGUGUUGACCUGAUCUCACCCUCCUGACUCUUGCAGUAGAGGCCUGUGUUAACCUGAUCUCACCCUCCUGACUCUUGCAGUAGAUGUCUGUGUUGACCUGAUCUCACCCUCCUGAUUCUUGCAGUAGAUGUGUGUUGACCUGAUCCAACCCUCCUGACUCUUGCAGUAGAUGUCUUUGUUGACUUGAUCUCACCCUCCUGACUCUUGCAGUUGAUGUCUGUGUUGACCUGAUCUCACCCUCCUGACCCUUGCAGUAGAUGUCUGUGUUGACCUGAUCCCACCCUCAUGACUCUUGCAGUAGAUGUCUGUGUUGACCUGAUCUCACCCUCCUGACUUGUAGUAGAUGUCUGUGUUGACCUGAUCCAACCCUCCUGACUCUUGCAGUAGAUGUCUUUGUUGACUUGAUCUCACCCUCCUGACUCUUGCAGUUGAUGUCUGUGUUGACCUGAUCUCACCCUCCUGACCCUUGCAGUAGAUGUCUGUGUUGACCUGAUCCCACCCUCAUGACUCUUGCAGUAAUGUCUGUGUUGACCUGAUCCCACCCUCAUGACUCUUGCAGUAAUGUCUGUGUUGACCUGAUUCCCUCCGCUCUUGCAGUAGAGGCCUGUGUUGACCUGAUCUCACCCUCCUGACUCUUGCAGUAGAUGUCUGUGUUGACCUGAUCCCCUCUUCUCUUGCAGUAGAUGUGUGCUGUGCCUUCAAGAUGAGUGUGAAGGCGUUUGAGCUGGUCCCUGCUGUGGAGCGGGAGCUCCUGAUGGGAGACAAGGCCCGCAUCAAUAUUGAGUGCAUUGAGUGCUGCGGCAAGCACCUGUACGUGGGCACCAACGACUGCUUCAUACAUCACUUCCUGCUGGAGGAGCAUGCCACGGCCAAGGGGAUGCUAUCCUACUCUGUCCAAAAGCUGCUGUUCAAGUACCUGGGCCUAAAGAAGCCUGUGGAGGCCCUGAAGGCCGCGUCAGCGUUAGAACGCAUCAUUGUGCUCUGUGAUGCUACGGUUAGUGUUGUUGACAUGAUUACCUUAGAACCCGUGCCCUUGGGCGGGGCCAAGAUUAAGGGCGUGGCCGCAUUCUGCGUCAACGAGAACCCGGUGAACGGGGACCCGUUCUGUGUGGAGAUCGGGGUGAUCUCGGCCCGGCGGCGCACCGUGCAGAUAUAUAUGGUGUAUGAGGACAGGGUGCAGUUGGUGAAAGAGGUCAACACUCCCGAGCAGCCAUGUGCGGUCAGUCUGGACGGUUACUUCCUGUGCCUGGCCCUCUCCACGCAGUACAUGAUCCUCAACUACAGCACAGGGGCUGCGCAGGACCUGUUCCCCUACGACAGCGAGGAGAGGAAGCCCAUCGUCAAGAGGAUCGGUAGGGAGGAGUUCCUCUUGGCUGCCCCCGGUGGCUUGGGUGAGUCAUUACAACAGCAGCUGUAUGGUUAGUCAUUGGAUCUUAUUACUAACAUAUCACUAAUGAAGAAUGUUCUCUCUCUCUCUCUCCCUCUCUCUCUCUCCCUCAGGUAUGUUUGCCAAUGCGGAGGGUGUAUCCCAGCGUGCCCCAGUGAACUGGUCGGAGAGUGUGAUGGGAGCGGCGGUGUGUUUUCCCUAUGUGGUGGCGCUAGACGAGGGCUUCGUCACCGUCCAUAGUAUGCUGGACCAACAGCUCAAACAGACCCUCUCCUUCAGAGACGGACACAUCCUACAGGACUUUGAAGGUGCCAACAUGGCUCCCAUACACUACUCUAAAUGUCAAACCUUUUUGGCUUACCUCAGUAGACCUAUGUCUACAGUAUCUAUGGCCGUGGAGACCGUGACCUGUCUGUGUCCCUAAACCUAACCCUGACCUGUCUGUGUCCCUAAACCUAACCCUGACCUGUCUGUGUCCCUAAACCUAACCCUGACCUGUCUGUGUCCCUAAACCUAACCCUGACCUGUCCCUGUCUGUGUCCCUAAACCUAACCCUGACCUGUCCCUGUCACUAUAGGUAAGGUGGUUCUGGCCUCCACUAAGGCUGUGUACGUGCUGGUGCCCCUACCUCUGGAGAGACAGAUCCAGGACCUGCUAGCUGGACACAGAGUGGAGGAGGCCCUCACCCUUACAGAGGGAGCCAGGAGAAACAUUCCCAAAGACAAGUUCCAGGUACAGACUGACUGCCACAAAUAGUGUUUCUAAUAGAGUGCUUUUCAAGACUAGACACUAUAUGAUCAAAAGGCUGAUUUCUACAGUUUCUUUUGUGAGUACAGCCCAAGGGGGUGUGAUGCAUCUUUCACUUUCUCUUUCAUUACCCCCCUUUCCUCAGAUAUUGCACAAAAGAAUCCUCCAGCAAGCAGGAUUCAUACAGUUUGGGCAGCUUCAGUUUUUAGAAGCGAAAGAACACUUCAGGACAGGUCAGUUGGACAUCCGGGAGUUGAUCUCCCUCUACCCUCUCCUCCUCCCGGCCUCCUCCUCCUUCACCCGCUGCCACCCGCCGCUCCACGAGUUUGCCGAUCUCAACCACCUGGCACAGGGGGACCAGGAGAAGGUCCAGAGGUGCAAGAGGUAAGAGAUGUGGUCCUCUGUAGCUCAGUUGGUAGAGUAUGGCAUUUGCAACGCCAUAAUAGUGGGUUUGAUUCCCAGGACCAUCUGUACGUAAAAUAUAUGAGCGCAAGACUUGAAGUCACUUUGGAUAAAAGUGCCUGCUAAAUGGCAUUUAUAAUAAUAAUUAUUAUUAUUAUUAUUAUAGGUUUCUCAUCACGUACCUUGGCGAGGUGCGGAGCACGGAGGAGGCUAACGGCUGCCGGGAGGACGUGGACACGGCUCUGUUGAAGCUGUACGCUGAGCAGGACCACGAGAGUCUUCUGGACCUGCUGGCCUCCCCCAACGCCUGUCUACUGGCAGACAGCACCCCCUGGCUAGAGAAACACCACAAGUGGGUACUGCAACUAGCCUAGCCUAGCGGGUACUGCAGCUAGCCUAGUGGGCAAUACAGCUAGCCUAGUGGGCAAUACAGCUAGCCUAGUGGGCAAUACAGCUAGCCUAGUGGGAAAUACAGCUAGCCUAGUGGGCACUGCAGCUAGCCUAGAGGGCAAUACAGCUAGCCUAGUGGGCAAUACAGCUAGCCUAGUGGGCAAUACAGCUAGCCUAGUGGGCAAUACAGCUAGCCUAGUGGGCAAUACAGCUAGCCUAGAGGGCAAUACAGCUAGCCUAGUGGGCAAUACAGCUAGCCUAGUGGGCAAUACAGCUAGCCUAGAGGGCAAUACAGCUAGCCUAGUGGGCAAUACAGCUAGCCUAGUGGGCAAUACAGCUAGCCUAGAGGGCAAUACAGCUAGCCUAGUGGGCAAUACAGCUAGCCUAAGGGCAAUACAGCUAGCCUAGAGGGCAAUACAGCUAGCCUAGUGGGCAAUACAGCUAGCCUAGAGGGCAAUACAGCUAGCCUAGAGGGCAAUACAGCUAGCCUAGAGGGCAAUACAGCUAGCCUAGGGGCAAUACAGCUAGCCUAGAGGGCAAUACAGCUAGCCUAGUGGGCAAUACAGCUAGCCUAGUGGGCAAUACAGCUAGCCUAGUGGGCAAUACAGCUAGCCUAGUGGGCAAUACAGCUAGCCUAGUGGGCAAUACAGCUAGCCUAGUGGGCAAUACAGCUAGCCUAGAGGGCAAUACAGCUAGCCUAGUGGGCAAUACAGCUAGCCUAGUGGGCAAUACAGCUAGCCUAGAGGGCAAUACAGCUAGCCUAGAGGGCAAUACAGCUAGCCUAGUGGGCAAUACAGCUAGCCUAGUGGGCAAUACAGCUAGCCUAGAGGGCAAUACAGCUAGCCUAGUGGGCAAUACAGCUAGCCUAGUGGGCAAUACAGCUAGCCUAGUGGGCAAUACAGCUAGCCUAGAGGGCAAUACAGCUAGCCUAGAGGGCAAUACAGCUAGCCUAGAGGGCAAUACAGCUAGCCUAGCUACCAAGGCUGUUGCUCACUAUUGCUUAAAAGUAGCCUGCUAAGCUAUUGCCUUAAAAGUAGCCUGCUAAGCUAUUGCCUUAAAAGUAGCCCGCUAAGCUAUUGCCUUAAAAGUGUGUAAUGAGUAUGUUUUUAUGUUAUGUUUUAUUCUUUCUCCUGCACAUCAGGUAUUUUGCACUAGGCCUCCUCUACCAUUAUAACGGACAGGAUUCAGCUGCUCUACAGGUAAACAUGCACUGUACACUACCUUAGUUUGAACAUGGUGACAGUACCACCAUGGCUCGUAUAUGGCAAAUCAAAUCCUAUUAAGUAAAAUAUGGCCACGUCUUAAACUAAUGCGUUUUGAGCACCUAGGUGGAAAAGCCCUAUAAAUCCAAUCCAUUAUCUUGAUUAUUACUUAAUAUUAAUUGAAAUGAAAUGACCAUGGCGUUGUAAAAUACAUCUCUCCUCUGCCUCUCCUUUCCUCCUGUAGUUGUGGGUGCGGGUAGUGAACGGGGACCUUCAGGACUCUACCAGGUCUGAUCUGUAUGAGUACAUUGUGGACUUCCUGAGUUUCUGCUCCAACCUGGACCUGGUGUGGAAAUAUGCAGACUGGGCCCUGCAGAGAGACCAGACAGUACGUUUCUGGCUACGUCCCAAAUGGCCUCCUAAUCCCUAUAUUGUGUACUACUUUUGACCAGGGCCCUAAGUCCUAGCAGAAACUAACGAAUGACUUCGACUGGAGGCCAUUUUGGAUAUACCUAUAGGAGUAAAGAAGAAGGUAAACUCUACUCAUUCUAAUUCUAUGGGUGUGUGUAUACAUCUAUGGUCUCUCUCUCUAGAUAGGGGUGCAGGUCUUCACCAAGCGGCCGCUGGGUUUGGGUAAGGACCAGGUUAAGGAGCAGAAGGGCCAGGUGAACCCAGACGACGUCAUCACGUACCUGGGGAAACACAGCCAGGCUCUGCUGCUCUACCUGGAAUACCUGGUGCUGGACCGACAGAUACAGGUCAGAACAUACACUACAUAGGACUUCAGAACACGUUUAUAAUGUAGCUCAAUUGUAGCUCAAUUGGUAGAGCAUGGCGCUUGUAACGCCAGGGUAGUGGGUUCGAUCCCCGGGACCACACAUACGUAAAAAUGUAUGCACACAUGACUGUAAGUUGUUUUGGAUAAAAGCGUCUGCUAAAUGGCAUAUUAUAUAUUAUAUUAUUAUAACACAUACAUAAGGGGUAUGUAAGAAAUGCCAGAUUUACAGCAGACUGAACUAUCAUCUAUAAUGGUAAUACUUCACUUGAAGGGUACCUACAUAGGACUUCAUAACACAUUCAUAGCCCAUUUAUAACCCAUUCAUAAGCAGCACCAAGCAUUUACAACGGCAAGACAUAGCGAUUGUUGACAAACUGUCUUGUCCCUCUCUCUGCAUAUUACUCCACGAUUUGCCUCGUUCAACUUUCCCUGGUGCUUGGCCUUUAUUCAUCUCUCUCUCUCUCUCUCUCUCUCUGCCUCUCUCACUCUCUCUCUCUCUCUGGCUCUCUCACUCUCUCUCUCUCUCUGCCUCUCUCACUCUCUCUCUCUGGCUCUCUCACUCUCUCUCUCUCUCUCUGGCUCUCUCACUCUCUCUCUCUCUCUCUGCCUCUCUCACUCUCUCUGCCUCUCUGCAGAAAGAGAAGCUCCACACCCACCUGGCAGUGCAGUAUACAGACAGAGUCCUGUCUCUCCUGUCUCAGUCCCCCACAGUGGACCAACAGGUGUCUGCAGCAAGGGACAAACUACAGCUCCUCCUCAGGGAGUCCAGCCUGUACCGCGUCCAACUACUACUGGGUGAGCUGUCCAUUUCAAUUGUGUCCCAAAUUACACCCUAUUCCAUAUACAGUGCAUAGGGCUCAGGUCAAAAGUAGUGCACUGUAUAAGGAAUAGGGUGUAAUUUGGGAGGCAGACAAUGUUGUUUUCCAUGUAAAACAAUAUUUUAGUUGAAGUAUUGUUACUGUUUAAAUUUGAUAGAAAACCAAUACACCACAUUUAGUUUCCUGUCAGAAUAUUGACGGAAAUGGUAUGAGGCAUGUAUUCAGUUGAUUUCCAACCAGAGAAUGGCUAUAACCUACUAUGACCCUGGUUUUAACCAUGAUGACAUGGCUAUAACCUGCCAUAACCUCUGACCCUGUCUCCCCCUCCCUCAGGUAAGAUCCAGGAGUGUGACCAGCUGUUACUGGAGAGAGCCACGCUCCACGGGAAGCUAGAGGAGCACGAUAAGGCGUUACACAUCCUGGUGCACCAGCUCAAAGACUUCCCCGCUGCCGAGGCCUACUGCGUGUGGGGUUCCGCCUCCCGGGACCCGGCCUACCAGCAGCGCCUCUUCCACCUCCUUCUGGGGGUCUAUCUGGACCGGGACCUUCCCAGUAGAAACAGGGCCGGUAACGGUGGUAGUACCGGGGAGCUGGAGAUGGCGGCGGUGGAUCUGUUAAACCGGCACGGGGAGGUGUUUGACGCGGUGCGCGUGCUGGACCUGCUCCCUGAAGGGUGGUCCCUGCAGCUGCUCCGCCCCUUCCUCGGACGCGCCCUGCGGGGGAGUAUGCACGCCUGCCGCACCUCCCAGGUUGCACUGGGGCUGGCGAGGUCCGAGAACCUACAGCUGCAGCACGACAGGGUGAGACUGGAACAACGAGACACACACAAUGAGACGAGACACACACACACACACAUCACAUCACAAACACACACGCAUCACAACACACACACACAUCACAACAACACACAUCACAACACACACACACAUCACACACACACACACAUCAACCACACACACACACACACAACCACAACACACACACACACAACACACACACACACACACAACACACACACACACAACACAACACCACAACACAACACACACAUCCAACACACACAACACACACACCACACACACCCACACACACACACCACACACAACCACACACACACACACACACACACACAUCAACAACACCACACUACACACACACACACCACACACCACCACCACCACACACACCAACACACCCACACAACCACACCACACAACCACACACACACACACAACCCAAACCCCACACACACACCACACACACACACACACCACACACACACCACCACACAUCACAACACACACACCACACCACACACAACCACACACAACCACAACAAACACACACAACACACACAACACCACAACACACACACACACACACACCCACACACACACACACCCACACCCACAACACACCACCAACACCACACAACAAACACAACACACCACACACACACACACACACACCACAACCCACACACAACACAACACACACCACAACACACACACACACUCACAACACACACACACACACACACACAAACACCCCACACACACACACACACACAACACAACACACCACACACACACACCAACACAAAACAACACACAAACACACAACAACACACACCACACACCACAACACACACACCAAAAACAAACCAACCACACACACACCACAACACACACAACCACCAACACACCCAACACAACACACACACAACCAACACACACCAACCACACACCACAACCCCACACACACACCACACACAACACACACACAAACCACACACACACCACACACAACACACCACACAACCACACACCACACACACAUCACAACACACACACACACAACACACACACCACAAACACACACACACACACACACACACCAACACACACACACACCACACACACACACACAACACACACACACACACACACACACACACACACCACACACACAAGCACACACAUCACAACACACACACACACCUCUGUAUUAUGUGUUUACAACUAAGCUGUUAUGAUUUAAAUCUUGUAAUUGCUCCUAAGUGCUGCUGACUCUUGAUGAAGGUGAGCUGUAACUCUCCCCAUGUUGUCGUCUCAUCAGUUGAAGCAGAGGAGAAGUCCAGUCCUGGUGUCAGAGAAGAAGGGGUGUGUUCUGUGCCACAACACCUUCAGCGAGCCGGACUGUGUGUGUCUGCCAGGGGGGGUGCCCGUACACACACACUGUGCCGCCCAGAGGGUGGUACGAGACUCGCCCACCAAGAGACAACUAGCCAAUAGCAGCAACCACACAUGAAGCCCCUCCCACCACCACCCAAGCCCCGCCCAGAGCCAAUGUGGUGGGAGGAGCCAAGCAGCAGCCCGGGGCUGUGAUUGGGUUGCGUCUGGGGGUCACAUCAGAUGAUGACUAUGGGGGAUGCAAAGCACAGAGGUUACUAUGGCUACCGUGGUCCAGCGUAGUGGAAGCAGCCCUGGAGCCUACUCAGAAACACAGAGCUGACCACACUUCUCUACCGUGUGCUUGUUCCUUUGUGAAUGAAUGAAGGAAGCUAUUUAUUCCAGUGCCACCAUUCAUACACAACACGGAGACUGAUGACAGACUGUGAGUUGUGAAUUAAUUGUGAAUGAAGUUCUAAAACAAGAACUAACUCCACAUCCAUCCAUAAUGACUCUAAACAUUGAAGUGAAACCUCCAGCCUCUCCUGGUCCGGUGCUGAACCCCUGCUCUGCUAUGUCUGCCCUGGUCCAAGCCCAAACCUGAGUUGAGCUUGAGUCUAUCCCUGUGAAGUACAAGCAGACCAUAGUUAGGCAUCUCCUCCAUCACCACAGUGGCUCCUCUCUGCUGCUGGUAUCUGAGACUGAACUUGAAGACGAUGAUGCCCCAGUGAGGCUCCGUUCACAGCCAGGAGAGUUCCUAAGUGUUGCUAAAUGUUCUGGUGUGUUGCACAUGCUCUCUCACCCCUCCAACCUUGUGUCCACACUUCUCAAGAACUCUCUGCCGUCAAGCAACAAACAAUGGUUUGGUUUUCACUUUGCUAACCAAGGUGGGGUUAUCUUCAAACGUCCUGCUAACCUGAUGCUAGUUAGUUUCAGCUCAGACCAGGGCCGUGUUCAUUAGGCACCAAA